CUUGAACAUCACCACCUUUGGCCCAACAUAUAUCCAAAAAUCGCCUAUAUUGCGCGUAUAAAUCACCAUGCUCCCGCUUUCACUACUAAACGCGGCCCAGAACAAGCCAAUGUUGGUCGAGCUGAAGAAUGGCGAAACCUUCAACGGUCACCUGGUUAAUUGCGACAACUUCAUGAACAUUACCCUCCGCGAGGUAUAUCAGACGAGCGCAGAAGGAGACAAGUUCUGGAAGCUCAAAGAGUGUUAUAUUCGCGGCAGCACAAUAAAAUACCUGCGUGUCCCUGACCAACUACUCGAUGUUGUGAAAGAAGAACAGAACCGAGCACGCGAGGCAGGACGCAGCUCAAGGGGUGGAAGUGGUGGUUCUAGAGGUGCACGUGGUGUGUCACAACGGGGAGGACGUGGUGCUGUCCGUGGAGGUCCUAUGCGGGGAGCUAGGGGACGGGGUAGAGGUGCUUAAUUGCUCACAUAGGUUGCCGCUCUUCUUUCUGUAUCACACGCCAUACGCACAUAACAUGUCACUGGUGAUGUUGUCUGUGUUUGCUGACUACAAGCUGUUUUGCUAUCCUUC